GACCGCUGGUCCCCGGCUGGCGCCAGAGAGCAGUGCGCAUGCGCCGUUUCUUCACAUGGGCUGUGUCCUUCUUUCGGCUGCCGCGGCAGGAGCUGUGGCCGUCUGCCUAGUCCUGCGACUAUGGAUAGUGCUUCAUUCCCAGGGCGUUACGCCCCGGGAGUCUCUCAGUCUGUUGGUGGUGGCUGGGUCCGGUGGGCAUACCACUGAGAUCCUGAGGCUGCUUGGGAGCUUGUCCAAUGCUUACUCACCUAGACAUUAUAUCAUUGCUGACACUGAUGAAAUGAGCGCCAAAAAAAUAAAUUCUUUUGAACUAGAUCGAGCUGAUAGAGACGCUAGCACUAUGUAUACCAAAUACUACAUUCACCAAAUUCCAAGAAGCCGAGAGGUUCAGCAGUCCUGGCUCUCCACAGUGAUUACCACCCUGCGCUCCAUGUGGAUCUCCUUUCCCCUGAUUCACCGGGUGAAACCAGAUUUGGUAUGUAAGACCAUCACUGAAGAGAGGGAAGAUAACUCUCCUGUGAAUCCUUCGUUAGGAAUAUAUACCAAAUACUACAUUCACCAAAUUCCAAGAAGCCGAGAGGUUCAGCAGUCCUGGCUCUCCACAGUGAUUACCACCCUGCGCUCCAUGUGGAUCUCCUUUCCCCUGAUUCACCGGGUGAAACCAGAUUUG